AUGACGCCCGAAGACCUGGCACACUUUGCCGGCGAUGUGAGGUUCUUCUCCCCCGAUGAUAUCGACCGGUUACAUCGUGUUCUCUUCCGCCUCCAGGAAGCCUCCAUCAACUUUACGCCAGCUGCGAUACAGCGCGAGUACAAAGCCAUAUGCUUGGAAAGCCACGUGUCGACCAAGUACGAUGACCCGUGCUUGCAGUGGCUCCUUGACCUCCUCGAGACUGACCCCGAAAUUCCUCUCAACGAAAAGUUUCUCGACGUGUUACAAGAGGCGAACAUCGUGUUGACCACAGACGGAACCUCAACCGAUGCGGCGACCGACUACGAGGAAGGCCGAAGAGGUGGAGGCGCCAAAGAUAUUUCUGUGCCUGUGCGACCUGCUACACCUGACUCGAUCCUCUCCAUCAACGAAGAUGACCCUCUCUGGCAGCAAGCUGUCGCCCUCGACAACCGAAAGUUAGCCUCGCAAGCGCUUGAACAAUGGCGCCACAAGCUGCAGCUGCAAAGAGCCGCAUACCUGGAGUAUGAAGACUCGGCGAUGAACGCGGUGGCAGACAGUCUGUAUAUUCGCAAUCUGGCAAGAAAGGUUCUGUCACACUGGCGCAACACUGUCGCCGAAAUUCGCCAAAUGGAUCAUGUUGCGGACGACUUCCGCAUGCGACGCGACGCUGCAUUUUCACUCAAGAACUGGACACUGGUCACCCGCGAAAUGCUCUUUGUUAAAGUCAGGGAUGAGCGAAUACUCCGAAAGACGCUGGAGAAGUGGCAAGAGAAGACUGCGAGCCUCAAGGAAAUGGAGGCCGCAGCUGCGGAUGUCCGCGACCGACAAGCAUUUCAAAAUGUCCUGGUGAAGAUGGUAGCCAAAAAGAGCCACAUCAGGCAAGCAGAAACUCAAGCCGUCCUUGUAUACGAGGAGAAUUUGAGCCGGAAGAUGCUUCGGGCGUGGUUGGUGCAGCUCGAUCAUAUUCGAUUGAAUGAGCGGCGAGCAGAGGGUGCAGCAGACUAUUUUGCAAGCAAACAUGUGCUUCAGAAAUGGCGGGAGAAGGCUCGACUCCGAAUUGAAGAGAAACAGGCCAUGGAGGCUCGCAAGCAUGUGUUAAGCGUGAGAUACUUUCACAAAUGGCGAGCCGCCACCAGAAAGAACAAGGAGGCGAAAUACAGCGACGCAUACAAAACCAUGCGACGAAAAGUCAAGAUGAACAUCGCUCGCACGGCACUGAACGUGUGGAGGGACAAGGCCAUUCAGAUGCGUCACAUGAAUCUGACCGCCCAAGAGUUCCGGGCUCGCAAAGAUGUGGAAAAUGCUAGGCGUACAGCCCACGGGGCAAUCAUAACCAUGUACAACAAGACCGAACAGGUGCAGGAAGCCAAUCUCCAAGCCGACCUUCUGUUUCGCAAGAAUCUCAUCGAGCGCCUCCAAAUCUUCGGCUCGAACUGGCUCGCCCCAACCCGACAGAUUCUCGACCACCAGAGGAGGGCAGAUGAAUACCGGUCCAUUCGGACUGCGAGCUAUGCCGUGCAAAUGCUGAGGAAUUGGAGGAAUGCGGCAUUCAGAACAAAGCGACUGGAGGAGGAUGCCGAUGUAUUGUUCCAUCGCAAUGAGAAGAAGAGGGCUCUUGGAUUCCUGCAGAAAUGGAGACAGGCGUCUGCCAGGCCGAGCAGCCAGGAGGCAGUCAGGGAAGUCACUCUGAUUCCGGCGACGCCGGCGGCUCGAAGGAACCAAUUGCUGGCUUCAACGACACCGGCGUAUACUCCAGCUGUUGGCCUGUUUGGCAGGGACAUUGACGCCGUAGAGGAAGAGAAUGAGUGA